GCGGUCAGUUCUCGUCUGGCGAUUCUCCAAACAGCAUCUAAUUUAGUGUUGGGUUCGCGUGAAUGAUUUCCGAUGAGCUAUGAUCGAUUACUCUGUGGUGAUUUGAAGUGCUUGGAAGCGUCAGGAAAUCCCCAUCAAUCGGUUCGGUGUUCAAUGAUGAGUGCAACGGGUUUGAGGUGUUUCUGAAAUACGAUCGUUUGAGGCGAACAGAAGAUUUAAAUGUGUUGAAGAGCGUAAUGAUCUGAUCGUAACUCGAAUCGGAGAACGAUCAACGAUAAGAGGAAGCGCGUAAUAGAUCUGUGACCUCCAAAAACAGUCAGUGCAUGGACCCAAGCUGUGUUCUCACGUGCUGUUGACUGAUUGAUAAUGAAGCAUCGGCCAUCGUCGUCGUCACCAUCGAAUGGAAGCUGUGAAACAAGAUGAUGACGCGUUUGUGCAACAAGAACACCAACAGCAAGAUAUUCCUGCUGAUGGUGCUGUUGAUAGCCUACGGCCACACCCUAAAGGACACCGAAUUUGAGCCAGUUGAAGGAAUAUGCGACAUUUGUACAUGCAACGUUCGCAACGAAUCCAACUCCCAGUACCUCAGUUAUUCCAUCCUAGACUGCUCGACGAAGAAUCUUCGGCACAUGCUGGCCUCCUGGCCGGAUGUUUUCGACAACGAACUAUCCAAUCAGGAAAUAGUCUUUUCCCUAUCGGGAAACGACAUCAAAUCCCUGCAGCAACUGCCGGCUACUGAAGCGGACUUGGUGUUCAGCUGUCGACACUGUAACCUUACCGAGUUGGCCAGUGGUGCUUUCCUGGAUACGCCCAGCAUCAUACGGCUGGACUUGAGUUGGAAUCUGCUGACGGGAGAUGCUCUACGUCCGGAUGUGUUCCGAGGGAAGUACGGCGAACAGGAGUACGAAUCGAUUGCUCUGGACGAGCUAGAUUUGAGCUAUAAUGCGAUUGAUUACUUGGACGCGUCCUUGUUCGAGCACAUGACUCAUCUGCGGCGACUGUCCUUGUCACGCAACCCGCUGAAGAAACUAACGGAUGGCACAGUGACGGCGUUGGGAUCGAUAAGUCGAUUGGAGCAUUUGGAUUUGUCGUACGCACAGCUUGAUGAUCUGCCUCGGGAGAUGUUCGAGAAAAUCGAAGGUCUUCGGGAGCUGCUGGUGCAGGGCAAUCAGUUUACAGCGGUCCCGAGUUCGAUUGGACUGCUGAAGCCGACACUGAUGGCACUGUACGUGGGCGAGAAUCCAAUUCAACGGCUGGACGAUGAGAGCUUUUUCGAUCUGGAUCAUUUAACGCAGUUAAAUAUCAGUGGAAUGCAGCUACUGGACGACAUUGACACGGGGACGUUUGGCGGAUUGAAGUCGUUGGAAGUAUUGUCCUGCAGUAACAAUCCCAAACUAGUGGAGUUUGACAUGAGCGAUUUGAAAGGAUUGAUACGGUUGAGACAGCUGGACAUCUCCCACUGUGCCAUCCAGCACCUCCACCUGGACGAACCCAUCCCGGUGCAGGACGAAACCUCCGACAUUGCCUUCAUCGAGACGUUUCCCAAACUCCGAUCUGUCAAACUGGAAGGCAACCCGUGGCACUGCGACUGCCAGUUAUACGAGAUCAUCGAAUCCAUCAAGCACAUCCUCGAGGACGAAUUCCAAGGCCCGCACAGUUCGGCGGAGGCCCGCUGCGAAACCCCGUACGACCUGGCGGCCCUGCCCCUGACCGCGCUGAGUCACGACAAGUCGCUCUGCUCGACGCCACCGAAGAAAGUUCCUAAAAUCCCGAUCUACGAGGCACCGGCCUUCCUCCGGCCGCGAUCCAUCGUCCUCUCGCUCCUGUCGGUGGUGGUGGUGCUGCUGAUCGGCCUCAUAAUCGGCGUGGUCAUUGUUUGCAUCAAGCGCAAACUGAAGGAGAACGAUUUCCGCUUCGCUUCACCCGUGCGAUACACGACGGUGCGGAACAGCACCACGUCGACGAUUUUGCAAGCUUAGUGGGCCCCCGUGAAGGGGUGGAGAAAACCGAAUUUUGUUUAUUCUAGUCUGCCUUAUCUUGUUAAGAAUGUGUAACUGUAAGAUUAGUAGAUGAUAAAUAAAUGUUAGAUAGUUAGGUGUACUUA